AUGAGUUUAACUCCCAACCGACGGGGCCGGGCGAGAGCGGGGCCGGGCGGAGGGCAGCGGGUGGCCGCGGCGGAGGGGCCGGGCCGGGCCAAAUUAAAACCCGACGCCAACAAGAAGCCAAGCUUUGAGCCGUCGGGGGCGCUGCUGGAGGACACCAACACCGUGGGCGGGGUGCUGAUCCGGUACAGCGAGCCCCCCGAGGCGCGCAUCCCCAGGACGCGCUGGCGCCUGUACCCCUUCAAGAAGGACGAGCUCCUGCCCGUGCUGCACAUCCACAGGCAGAGCGCCUACCUGCUGGGCCGGCACCGCCGCAUCGCCGACAUCCCCAUCGCCCACCCGUCCUGCUCGCAGCAGCACGCCGUCCUGCAGUACCGCCUGGUGCAGCGGCAGCUGAGACCCUACAUCAUGGACCUGGGCUCGGGGAACGGCACCUUCCUCAACAACCAGCGCGUCCAGCCACAGCGCUACUACGAGCUGAGGGAGAAGGACGUGCUCAGGUUUGGCUUCAGCAGCAGGGAGUACGUCCUGCUCCACGAAUCCUCGGAUAAAUCUGAGGCCAACGCAAAGGACGAGGAUGAGGGUGAGGAGGAGGAAGAGGAAGGAAUUGGGGAGGGGCAGAGGAGAGAAAUUCCUUGCAAUUGAACGGGC